GGUUUGGCUGAUGUUUGUCAGUAUGAUGAGUGGAUAGCUGUGAGGCAUGAAGCCACUCUGCUGCCUAUGCAAGAAGACCUGUCAAUCUGGUUAUCUGGUUUAUUAGGUACUGAAGUUAAGGCAGAAAGAUUAUUGGAAGAACUGGAUAAUGGAGUACUCUUAUGCCAACUGAUUGCUGUUCUUCAAGAUAUGGUGAAAACAACAUUUUUUUGUGUGUGUCUUUUCCAGAAUUUUUCAAUGAGAAAAGUACCCUGUAAGAAAGAUGCUCCAUCAGGUUCAUUCUUUGCAAGAGACAAUACAGCAAACUUCCUUCACUGGUGCAGACACAUUGGGGUGGAUGAGACUUAUCUCUUUGAAUCUGAAGGUUUAGUUUUGCACAAAGAUCCAAGACAAGUGUAUCUUUGUCUCCUUGAGAUUGGUCGAAUUGUGUCAAGAUAUGGGGUUGAACCACCAGUAUUAGUGAAACUUGAGAAAGAAAUUGAGCUGGAAGAGACCUUGCUUAAUACUUCUGGGCCUGAAGAGUCCAUCAGCAUUCCCAAAUCCUGCUGUCAGCAUGAAGAGCUCCAUGAAGCUGUUAAACAUAUUGCUGAAGAUCCUCCGUGUAGUUGUUCUCAUCGAUUUUCUAUUGAGUAUUUAUCUGAAGGACGGUACCGACUAGGGGAUAAGAUUCUCUUUAUAAGAAUGCUUCAUGGAAAGCAUGUCAUGGUCCGUGUUGGUGGAGGCUGGGAUACUCUUCAAGGAUUUUUGCUUAAAUAUGACCCCUGCCGAAUAUUACAGUUUGCAACACUAGAACAAAAAAUUCUAGCCUUUCAGAAAGGUGUUUCUAAUGAAAGUGUACCUGAUUCACCUGCCAGAACACCUCAGCCUCCGGAAAUGAAUCCUUUGUCAGCAGUUAACAUGUUUCAGAAACAAAAUUCCAAACCUGGCACACCAGUUGGCAUUGCCAGGAGCAAGGAGAAGCAGUUGCAUUCAGCAGAGAUGUUGCCAGCAGCAGCAUUUUCACAGAAAGGAGGUCAUCCAGCUUCUGUGAUAGUCCGUCCAAAAUUACAAAAUUCUCCAGCAGUGUCUUCCCGUCUCAAACCUUCAAAAGGCGUGACAAAGACACCGAAACUGCCUUCAAAGAGUGUGCCACCUUCACUGGCUUCUCUAAAUGCAAUAGGUCCAAGCACUUCUUCACCAGCUGUAGCAAGGACUGUACCUUGUGUAUCUGAGUCAUUAAGAAAAUGUAUCUCAUCACCCAGUAUUCCGAAAGCCAGGUUUACUCCAACCCAGAAGUCAAGAGAUGUGCCUGAUUCUAAGUGUUCUGGAAAAACUGAACCACAGCAUCUGAAACACAAUCAUAUUUCUUCCAGGGAAAAUGUAGUAUCUCACUCUGCUACACAUUUAAAACCAUCAUCAAAGUGCCCAAAGCCACCCAAAGCAAAUAUGCAUGUAAGGCGUAAACCUUCUCCUUCCCAGGCCCCUGCACAAAUGGCAAAAUCCAGUUCCAAAAGUACAGUUACAGGUGUAGGAACACAGUCUCAGCCCCCAGGUAGAGCCCCACAAGCAGGGAAGCUGAAGUCAGCCUUGCAUUUCAGUCAGCCGGGUUCUGGGUCCUCCCUUUCCCCUGCCAGAGCUUCACAGGAAUCAAAAGAUAAGAAAUUGCUUUCAGUUGCCCAAAGACAGCCUCAGAAUAAAAUGACGCGCCAGCAGGCAGGCCCCGGCUCCUCGCGGUCCCCUGCUCGUACUCCGCUGGCCAUCGUGAGUCUUCCCCAAUCAUCUGCCAAAACACAAGCUGUACCAAAGUCAGCACAGACUGCCACCAGGGGCCAGUGCUUAGCUAAUGGGCCUCCCAAAAGUGGCAAAGACCCCACUUCAAUCAGGAAACCACCCUCAUCUGGUAAGGAAGCAGUUAACGGAGAAAAAAAAGCUGCUGCUGAGAAAAAGGAAGAUGGUGACCAUUAUUUUGUUAUGACGGGAAGCAAGAAACCUAGAAAAUAA